AUGAUAGAAUUGUUAAGGAAACUUCUUGAAAAUAAUGUAGAUAUUUAUGAAAAAGAUACUAAUGGAAAAACAGCUCUUCACUAUGCUGCUCAAAAUAAGUGUAAGGAAGCUGUUGAAAUUUUUAUUCAAUAUGGCGCAUAUUUGAACUCUUGUGAUAUUUAUAAGCAAACUGCUCUUCAUUAUGCAGUAGGGAGAAAUUGUAAAGAAAUUGUUGAACUUCUCGUUUCUAAUGGUGCUGAUAUAAAUGCAAAAAAUGUUAAUGGGCACACGGCUUUAUAUUAUAUUGUUAGUAAUGAUAGCAAAGAAAUUGCAGAAUAUCUAAUUGCCCAUGGCAUUUCAAUCAACUCACAAGAUUGUAAUGGGAACACUGCACUACAUUAUGCAGUGCAAAGUUGCAACCGAGAUAUUGUUGAUGUACUUUUGGAACAUGGUGCAUAUGUUAAUUUAAAAAAUAAUAAUGGAUGUUCUGCAAUGUUUUAUACAGGUGAUAAAGAGAUAAUGAAACUUCUUAUUACAUAUGGUGCAUUCAUGAAUCUAAAAGAUAACAAAGGAUUGCUUCCCAUUCAUUAUGCAUUUUAUUCUAACAAUAUUAAAGCAGUUAAAGGAUUUAUCAAGAAUGGGGCAACUAUCAAUGAAGUCGAUAUAUAUGGGCAAACUUUACUUUUCUCUGCAGUAUAUCGAAAUUUCUUUGAUAUGGUGAAACUUCUAAUUAAAAACGGUAUAUCUAUCAAUGCUGAAGAUAAAGAAGGACUGACUAUUCUUGAUUAUGCAAUAUGUGAAGAUUCAAUGAAUGAAAUGGUAAGACUUCUUAUAAGUUUUGAUGCAAUAGGAAGUUCAAAUGGACGUUAUCCGAACAAGUUACUAUUUAAUUGUUCUAAUCGAAAUUAUAAAUAA